AUGGCAACAUCAAUGAAUGAUGAAAAUCAAGAACAAACAAAUUCAGGAAAUAAAAGUCUCGAGGCAGCCGUACAUAAUACAGCUAUUCAAAUGGGUUGUUGGACGGCUGCAGAUGACUAUCUAUUGAUCACUAGUAUAAUGCAUCUAUGUGAUCUAGAACGCGUUCAUCAACGAGUCAAAUUUUCCAUGCCAUUUACAUUAGAAAAUAUUCAAGAUCGAUGGCAAUGUUUAUUAUACGAUGCAUCGAUUUCAAAAAUGAUUGUAUCAAAAGUACAACAAUUAUCUAUGUCACAAAUAGAAACUUUACAUAUACCAUUAAAUGAAGAUGAAGAACAAUUAUUAGCAUCAAUUCCAUCAUCUACCAUUCCAACUCUCGUUGAUGAUGAAAUCGAUACGUGUUUAAGUAAAAAUUCUCCAAAAUUUUGGGCGAAUCGAACUAUUGAUGAAUUACGUGAAUAUUGGUUAGAAAUGCGUCAGCAAGGUCUUCUUAUUGAUCAACAAGAGACAAAUAAUUCUGAAGAAACACAGACACUUCAAGAGCUUGCUUUUUCAAGAAAAUUAAGUCAGCUAUUAGCACCAUUUGAAUUUGAACUAUUAUCUCGUGAUAAAGAACAAUUUGCAAAUAAAACUGAUCCCCCACAUGCAAUUCUUUAUGUUAAUAAUCGUCUUUAUUGCAUGUAUACUGAAGAAUUGAAGUUUGGAACUAGUUUUCCUGAUCGACAAUUUGAUAUAUCGUUUGAUAAUUCAACGAAAAUCCAUAUUCAAGGACUGAUAGUCUAUAAAUUGGAAUCAUUUUAUAUAAUAAAUAAUGGUGAUAAUGCCUUUCGUGUCAAUAAUGCAUUACUCAAUCCAAAUGAAGCAAGUCCAUUAGGAACGCGUGCAGUUAUAAAUAUACUCGAACAUACGAUGGUUUUUCAAGCGAUUGAAUUAUCUUAA